AUGACCGCCAACGCUGUGUCUCUCAAGCUCCCUGAAUUCUGGGAAUCUUCUGCUUUGGCCUGGUUUGCUCAGACUGAGGCGCAGUUUGCAUUACGUCAGAUUACCUCAGAUGAAACGAAGUACUACUAUGUGGAUCAGAUAGAUUUUUUGUGUGCAUAUGGACUGUUGGUGGACGUUAAAAAUCAGCUCUUGGUUGAUGCCGUCACUUUCUGUUCUUAUGCCUGGGCGCUCAGCGACUCUGGUGCAGUACACCUCUCCAGCCUGCUCUCGGUCACAGACAGUUUCCAGCAUCUGCUCGCGGAGUUCCCAGCACUCACGCAGCCCACCUUCUCCUCUUCGACAGCCAAGCACGGUGUCGAGCACCACAUUGACACCACUGGCCCACCUGUAUACGCCCACACUCUAUGUCUCRAGCCGAACAAGCUCACCGUGGCCAAGACAGAGUUCGAGUCCAUGGCACGCCUGGGGAUUGUUCGACGCUCCAACAGUCCUUGGGCCUCCCCCCUGCACCUUGUCCCCAAACCAGGUGGGGGCUGGCAUCUGUGCGGGGACUACCAGCGGCUCAAUGAUGCAACAACACCUGAUUGCUACCUAGUGCUGCACAUCCAGGAUUUCUCAACACACCUGGCUGGUAAGGUCAUUUUUUCCAAAGUGGAUCUGAUCAGAGGGUACCAUCAAGUACCAGUACACCCUCUCGACAUCCCAAAAACAGCCGUCAUCACACCAUUUGGUUUGUUUGAGUUCCUGCGCACACCUUUUGGGCUCAAGAACGCUGCUCAAACUUUCCAGCGGCUCGUGGACUCUGUGUUAUGGGAUCUGCCUUUCCUGUUUGUGUACCUUGACGACAUCCUGGUGGCCAGUUCAACACCAUCAGAGCACCUUUCGCACCUUCGCAUUCUGUUCGAUCGGCUCACUGAACAUGGGCUCAUCAUCAAUCCAGCUAAGUGUGAGUUCGGCCUGUCCACCAUAGACUUUCUGGGGCACAGAGUCAUGAAGGACGGGGUCCUUCCUCUUCCAUCAAAAGUGGAGGCCAUCACCACUUUUCCAUGCCUACUCACUGUCAAAGCCUUACAGGAGUUCCUAGGCAUGGUCAACUUCUACCACCGUUUUCUCCCCAGGGCCGCCCAAACCAUGCGAMCCUUGUAUGAGGCUCUGAAGGGCAAAAAGCCGAAGCACACUGUGGACUGGAGCCCAGAAAGAGACAAGGCUUUUGCAAACACUAAGACAGCCCUGGCUGAGGCCGCCAUGUUGGCUCAUUCCGCCCACUCCUCCCCAAUUGCACUGACCACGGACGCCUCAAACUACGUGGUCGGUGCAGUUUACGAGCAAUGGGUGGGUAACUCUUGGCAGCCUCUGGCAUUUUUCAGCAGGCAGUUGCGUCCCAGGGCGGUCCACCCCGGCCUGGACUAUGGCAGCAUGGCAGCAGAACAGGCCACAGACCCAGACGUACAGGCUUGCCGUUCAUCCACUACAACUGGGCUGCAGCUGCAGGAUGUGAUGUUCGACGAGGCUGGCACCACUCUGCUUUGCGACAUYUCCAUGGGCUGUUCUAGGCCUGUGGUGCCUGCGAAGUGGAGGCAGCCUGUUUUUGAUGUCAUCCAUGGCCUUUCACACCCGGGUACCAAAGCCUCACAACGGCUGGUGGCAGCCAAGUUCAUGUGGCCCGGACUUAAAAAGGACGUGAGGGACUGGGCGAACACCUGUGUGGAGUGCCAAUGUGCCAAAGUACACCGCCACCCCAAAGUGCCACUGCAACACUUCCAAGUGCCGAAACGACGCUUCGACCACGUCAACAUUGACCUAGUUGGCCCACUUCCACCAUCACAGUGUUACACUCACGUGCUCACUAUGGUCGACAGGACUACACGGUGGGCGGAGGCUGUUCCACUGUUGUCCAUAACAUCAGCUGAUGUGGCACGGGCAUUCAUUGCCACCUGGGUGUCCCAUUUUGGCACCCCAUCGGACAUUUCCUCAGACCGUGGCGUUCAGUUUACCUCUGAACUUUGGAAUACUGUCGCAGGGAGCUUGGGGGUCAAGCUCCACCGCACCACGGCCUACCACCCCCAGAGUAAUGGCCUCUGUGAAUGUUUUCACAGGUCCAUGAAAGCCUCCCUGCAUGCCAGCCUGAAGGACAGUUCCUGGGCUGACAGGCUCCCAUGGAUCAUGCUGGGCAUCAGGACAGCACCGAAGAAAGACCUCCAGGCCUCCUCCGCAGAGCUGGUCUAUAGUCAGCCACUAUGGGUCCCCGGCGAGUUCGUCCCCAGCACAUGA